AUGCAUUCCGCGGCAACUGCGAUAGUUGUUCUUCUUUUUCUGGAUGUAAUAUUACGGAGCCCAGUUGCCGUGGACGGCAAAUUCCCCGACACGACAAUCAUGAACGGACCAGACUGCACGGGGAAAUCCGACAGCAAGGAGUACGACGACAACGUGGGAUAUCUCCUAAACACGUUCGUCUCCGGCACGAAGCAAUCAAGAAGCAGGAACCAAGACGGAGAUCGGACGUUCCUGCACAGUUGGCCAAAUCGCAACCCGGGUUCGCCCACGGGCGGCGCCACUUGCUACGUGGACCUGGGUAAGAAUGAUUGCUGGGCGUGUCUCUUCACUGCCAAGAACAAGAUGUAUUCUGGAUGCCAUAACCCCGUUAGCGGUAACAUCACGCUUCAGGAUUGCUCCAUCUGGUUCAACCGGAUCCCUUAA